CACACACACACACACACACACAGUGAGAGAGAGCAAACAAACAAGACAAGGUACCCAGUGCAACAUGUCCAGAGUCUCAGUACACAGGGACUGGGGAGUCAUUCAGUCAUUUCAUCUUGCAGAGAAGUGAGAUGAUGCGGUGGUGCGUGCGCCGCCGUGCCCGGGCCCUGUGUCUGGUGCUGGCCUGCCUGUCGGUGCUUCUUCACCUCUUCCUGGUGCUGCUCACCCUGUCUGUGUACCAGACUCCAUCUGAGCCUCAGGUUCAGCUCCCCAGUAAGACCAUCAGGGCCCUCACGGAUCCUACUGUCACUCCACCCAUGGACAGCCACGGGAAGGCCCCUUCUGGCCUGAGGCCUCCUGGCGUCUCCAUCAUGGAUGUUGGUGGAGAUCGCAACAUGGCUGCCCGGACAGGUGAAGAGAGUUCAGUGCCAAAGCAGGAUGGAGCUGUGAAGACCCUCAGUGAGACAGUCAAAAUGGAAUGUGUGAACACACCCGAUCUUCAGCCGUUAAAGCCGAACCUCACUAAGAUGGAGGCUCUCUUCAAGCAUCCUCUGUACAACGUCCCUGGGCCGCCCCUCCAGGACGACGACUGGCUGCUCCGCAUGAAGCCAAAGGUCAAGGAGCAGGAGCUGGAGAGUCAUCAGUGGUUGAGUGCCAGUGAGGAGGGAUACGAUGCCGUCCACCUGAACAAUGACGUGGACACCCACCCGCCCUGGCUGCGCUUCCACAUGGGUAUAACCCGCUGGCAGCUGUACGACCCCAGAGACCCCAACCUACAUCUGCUGGAGGACCAGCUGGCUUCCGACAAGAUAGUCAGCGCAUUGCAGAAGACGGGGGGCACCCAACUGAAGCUGGUGAUGUCAUUUCCUAAUUAUGGCCAAGCUCUCCUCAAGCCCAUGAAACAGGAACGCAACGAGGAGACAAAUUACAAUCUGUACUACUUCUCUGACUUUGAAAGACACAAUGCUGAAAUUGCUGCAUAUCAUCUAGAUCGGGUUUUGGGUUUCCGAAGAGUCCCACCUGCGGUUGGAAGGCUAGUUGAUAUGAUUAAAGAAAUCAAAGAAACAACCACUGAUGGGAAACUGGCAAAAACCUUCUUCAACUCAGCUGUGGGUAACACGUGUUUCUAUGGCCAGUGCUCGUACUACUGCUCCACUGAACAUGCGGUGUGUGGCCGGCCCCGUGCCCUGGAGGUCUCCAUGGCCGCUAUGCUGCCUGACCUCUCCCUGGCUCCACGCCGGUCCUGGAGGAGCCCAUGGAGGCGCUCUUACAGCCGCAGUAAACUUGCACAGUGGGAGAAAGAGAAAGAUUACUGUGAUACUGUGAAAAAGACUCCACCAUACGACGAAGGCACACGGCUAGUAGAUGUCAUUGACAUGGCCAUACUGGACUUCCUCAUGAGUAACCUGGACAGGCAUCACUACGAAACAUUUGAGAAGUUUGGGAAUGACACCUUCCUCAUACAUUUAGACAAUGGAAGAGCGUUUGGUCGUUUCUCUAAAGAUGAACCCUCUAUAUUAGCACCCCUGGAGCAGUGUUGCAGGGUCCGGCGCUCCACUUUGAUGAAGCUGCAGCUCCUGGCUUUACCUCAGCACCGUCUCAGUGAUGUCAUGCGGGCAUCUCUGUCGAAGGACCCUUUAACGACUGUAGCUCCUCUUCUGUCUGAGCAACACCUUGCAGCCUUGGACCGCCGUUUAGCGAGAGUCCUCAAAGCUGUUGCCGAUUGCCAGGAGCGAUAUAGCAAUGCCAUCUACAAUGACAUCACUGACUAUCCUGGUUAAAUCACUGUAUGCCAAUGAAGCCGCACAUAUGUCAGUCUGAGCUCAUGAUUAGUUCAGAAAAUUAAACAUUAUUUAUUCCACA